AUGCUUGUUGCCUUGAUCGGCAUUCCUAACACGACAAUAACAGCAACAGCAACAACAGCAACAACAACAACAGCAGCAACAACAACAACAACAGCAACAACAACAACAACAACAAAAACAACAACAACAACAACAACAGCAACAACAACAACAACAACAACAACAAGUAAGUCAACAAUUGCGUUUUUGUUCGCGUAUGUACAUGAAUAUUCAUACAAUUGGAUUCAUAAAAGAAGUUCUAGCAAUCGAAGUUAGAUAUAUCUAUAGAUGAGAUAGGCCCAAGAGGGAAGCAGCGAUUUGGGAUGAUUUUGGCGGCUCAAGUUUGAUUUUUGGCAGAUUUAAAUCAGUUGCUUCCACCUUGGAAGAUUGAUGAACAACUCUUCAGAAACUGAAGUUGAUAUUCAGUCAAGAUGUUCGACAGUUUGACUAUAGAAGAAGCUGUCGAUUUUCUUCUUCACCUAAUUUCUGUCUUCGUUGGUUUCUUCAUUUUUACCCAGUUUUCGUGAAGCGGCAGAUUGGCCACUAUAGAUUUUUAAAAGGUCAGAAUAAGGAAUUUAUCGUUUUUGGACUAUAAAAAAGGAUGAAUACAUCAUUGAGUGUUUAUUUGGAUGGACUCAAGGAUAAUACCGUUAUUGUCUGGUCCAAAUAAAGAAUGAACGAGCGAGUGAUUGUAGGUGGAAAGAAGAAUGGUUGUUAUGGGGCUAAUGUCAUUUGAUUGCGUCAUUCUCGCGAUGUUUCAUCGAAGUACUCACUGUUGAGUGAAGUACAUCAUCAAUCAUCUCUUACGUAAAUGCACGUAUCAUCCAACUAAAGUUCUUAUCAAGAGAGUUUUCUGAUCAUGGUUUAUCAAGAGCAUCUUGUCAAUCAUCCUACUAAUUGUGCCUGUUACAGUGUGUUCUUCUGUAACAUCUACCUCGAUCCUAUCUAUUCUCGUUUCUUUGUUAUUUUCGUUUCUUUUAUUUCCUUUCUUGCUCUUGAUUAGGUAUGCACCAGUUCCAGUCAUGACUGGAUCAUCAAUCAUUUGAUCUUUAAUUUAUUAAAUGAAUAAUACUUCCCUCUUUUUUGUCACAUAAUAAACUGAUAUGAACCUAUUAAAGACCUAAUACGAGCUAUAUCAUAGCAUUAAUUGAUUAUUCUUGUGUCACUAUGUGUCAACUGUUGUCACAUACGGUAUUAUAAAACAAGUAACGUUCGUCGGUUCGACUCACUUGACCCUCGACUGUAUCAGACAGAAGUAUACAAGUCUCAUCCAUGGACACCCAGUUAUGAAACAGCUGAUUUAGGGAGAACUUACCACAUAUGUCAGAUUGACUGAAUUUUCAUUCUGAAAAAUUGAAUUGGCUGAAAAUUCAAUAUUAAAAGCACGAGAAUCGAAUACUUAGCCAACGUUUUUUAUGAUGUUUCACCUUCCACUAUGACAAAACUUAUUUUAUUUCAUAUAACCAUUCCUACACUCGAGAAAAAAAUUAUUUUCUCAAAAAGAACCUUUUUUCCUGAACCCAAAAAAAUUCAAUUGAAAAUUUCGAGAAACUGACCUCAGAUUCGGAUUCUCGGACCUUGAUUUGUUUUCGUCAACUUUUAUACAAUACCGUUAUUUUCGCAAAAAACGCUUUCCUCAACCUAAAAAAUCAAUUGAAAAUUUCGAGAAACUGACUUCAGAUUCGGAUUCUCCGACUCCGAUUUACUUUCGUCAACCUUUAUAAAAUAUCGAUAUUUUCUCAAAAAACCCUUUUCUUGACCCUAAAAACACAAUUCAAAAUUUUGAGAAACUGAUUUCAGAUUCGGAUUCCCCGACCCCAAUUUACUUUCGUCAACCUUUAUGGGAAAUUUUCUAAAGUGGAAGUUUUUUUGACCCCGAUGCAAACACAAACUAUUUUUUUUCAUAUGACCCUCCCUACAGUCGAGGGAAUAAUUUCAGAUGAAUUAGUUCUGUCCAUAUAACUGAGGAUGAGUAGUUUUUUUCUCCGUCGCAUAUUUACACACCGAAGGUUGAAAAUUUUAUCAAAAAAAGUGCACUGUUCGACUCUUCAUGAAUUUUAAGUCGUGAGUUGACUACAGAUACUCUGUGAUUGUAGUAUAGUCAUUAAUGUAAAUUAAAGUUAUGCUUCAAACACACUCAAUUUAUCCUGUUCGUGUAUAAUAUAGCAGCCAGCUUGAAAAAAAGUAUUUUACAUUGCUGGUCAGUUCUGAAAUCAAGAAGAACAAUUCUGUACUCAUACAAAUUGGAAGACUGUAUAAUUAGAUAGAUAGUAAAAAGCAAUGGC